GACACCUCCCUCACUCUCUCUCUCUCUCUCUCAGCGUUUGAAACGCAAUUUCGUGCGCUUUGGAAAAACCUUUCACUGAUUAUCCCAGUCUUUUCCGAAUCGGAUCGCGAGGAUGCGGAGAUUCGCGGCGGACAGAGCGAGGAAGCUGAUUGGUUCCGUACAACGCUCUCUCUCCUUUUCUUCUGUUGUUGCCGAUUCUUCUUCUUCAGCUGCGUCUUCAAGGACACCUCCACCUGUUACGAUAGACACCAUCAAUCCAAAGGUUUUAAAAUGUGAGUAUGCUGUCCGUGGAGAGAUUGUUACCCAUGCCCAGCGUUUGCAAGAAGAAUUACAAGCGAAGUCAGGAUCUCAUCCCUUUGAUGAGAUACUCUACUGCAACAUUGGAAAUCCUCAAUCGCUUGGUCAGCAGCCAAUUACUUUUUUCCGAGAGGUUCUUGCAUUGUGUGACCAUCCAUCCAUCUUGGACAGAGAUGAAACUCAUGCCUUGUUCAGUGCGGAUGCUGUGGCAAGAGCUUGGCAAAUUCUAGACCAAAUUCCUGGUAGGGCUACAGGUGCAUAUAGUCACAGUCAGGGAAUCAAAGGUUUACGUGAUACAAUCGCAGCUGGUAUUGCCGAUCGUGAUGGAUUUCCUGCCAAAGCAGAUGACAUUUUCUUAACUGAUGGAGCGAGCCCCGCAGUGCAUAUGAUGAUGCAGCUACUACUUAGGUCUGAGAAUGACGGCAUUCUUUGUCCAAUUCCUCAGUACCCUCUAUACUCUGCCUCAAUUGCCCUUCAUGGUGGAACUCUUGUCCCAUACUAUCUUGAUGAAGCAACAGGCUGGGGAUUAGAGGUUUCCGAGGUUAAGAAACAAGUGGAAGAAGCUCGAUCCAAUGGCAUAGUGGUCAGGGCAAUAGUGGUAAUAAAUCCUGGCAACCCGACUGGGCAGGUUCUUGCAGAGGACAACCAGCGUGAAAUUGUGGAAUUCUGCAUUAAGGAAGGCUUGGUUCUUCUUGCGGACGAGGUAUACCAGGAAAACAUAUACGUUGAUGACAAGAAGUUCAACUCAUUCAAGAAGAUUUCCAGGUCAAUGGGAUAUGGCGAGGAGGAUAUUACUUUAGUUUCAUAUCAGUCAGUUUCUAAAGGGUAUUAUGGAGAGUGUGGGAAAAGAGGAGGUUACAUGGAGGUUACUGGUUUCAGUGCCGAUGUAAGGGAGCAGAUUUACAAGGUAGCAUCUGUGAAUCUUUGUUCGAAUAUCUCUGGUCAGAUUCUUGCGAGUCUCGUCAUGAAUCCGCCCAAGGCUGGAGACGAAUCCUUUGACUCUUUUUCUGCUGAGAAAGACGGGAUUCUCUCAUCUCUAGCAAGGCGUGCAAAGACAUUGGAAGAUGCAUUCAACAGUUUGGAAGGCGUCACAUGCAACAAGGCCGAGGGAGCAAUGUAUCUCUUCCCUUGCCUUCACCUCCCCAGGAAAGCAAUUGAAGCCGCAAAAGCCAUUAAAGCAGCCCCCGAUGCAUUCUAUGCUCACCGCCUUCUUGAUGCUACUGGAAUUGUUGUUGUCCCUGGAUCCGGCUUUGGGCAGGUUCCCGGCACGUGGCAUAUCCGGUGCACGAUUCUACCACAGGAGGAGAAGAUUCCAUCCAUUGUCUCCCAUCUGACGGCCUUCCACCAAGCAUUCAUGGAUGAGUUCCGCGACUGAAUUGUCAUCUCCAGGUUGGUGUUCACCUUAAAAAUACAAAUAAAAGGCGCCACCCAUCCAUGUUUUCCAUGUUAUGGAUGAGUGUAUUGCAUGCUGUGGCCCAUCCAUACUUUCGAUGCUUAUACUGCCACGCCAUGUUUAUAUAGCCCAUAUGAGAUCCUAAUCGUUGAGCUUAUUGACCGUUUUAUCCGUCUGCACUCUAUUCUACUUCGAUUGUAGGGGCCUGCCAAAAUCAAGUUAUUUCAGGCCAUUCCAACAGGGUAGAAGUUCAAAUUCUGGUGCUGUAAUAAUGUAACGGGUAGUCUCGUCCUCGUUAGAUGAGAUAUUUGAGACA